AUUCUACUGACAGACAGAGAGAGAGAGAGAGAGAGAGAGAGAGAGAGAGAGAGAGAGAGAGAGAAAGAAACACCACUCACGCAACAGACACACAGGGAAACGCAGACAUGAACGCUGCUCCUCCCGCAGGAAGUGCUCUGGCCACACCCGCCGGUGCUGCAGGACCCACCACGCCCAAGAAGGGACCGCCCAAAUUCAAACAAAGACAGACACGUACAUUCAAGAGCAAAGCACCCAAACCUGGACAGAAAGGGUUCGGUGAUGAUAUUCCUGGUAUGGAGGGUCUCGGCACAGAUAUCACUGUGGUUUGUCCAUGGGAGGCAUUUGGCGAUAUGGAACUCAGCGAUCUGGCCAAAUACGGCAUUAUCUAAACCCCGCCUCCUGGACGUCACUGCCUUCGACUCCGCCCUCUCAUCCCAUGACCCCACCUCUUGUACUUGAUAUUGUUGUGUGGUUAUGAUGUUGAAUGGUAAAUGAUUGGUUCAAACAAAUGGACAUUGUUAUUAUUAAUAUGAUUGUUAUUUUUAUUAUUAUUAUUAUUAUUAUUAUUAUAUAAUAUAUUAUAUUUUGUAUCUUUUGCGUUAUGACGACAACUUAUUUCCACCCCACCCCAACUUCACAUCCCAGUAGAUAUCACAACAGAACGGUAAAUAUGAUUAAACAUUAAAACUGCAGCAGAACUCAUGAAAUCACACUUUAGGAUGCAAGAUAUUAAUAAACAUCAUAUACAAAACACCUUCAAUUAAAAACAAAAACAUUAUUAAAAAAUGAUUGAUUCAUGUUGAGAAUCGUGAUGAUAUUUGUGUAUCAGAAUGUGUGUGUGUGUGUGUGUGUGUGUGUGUGUGUGUGAGAGAGAGAGAUAGAGAGAGAGAGAUUGCUCUUUAGCCUCUGGC